CCUAGUGAUCGGGGCUGGUGCUCACAUUGCUUGCAUUUCAACGUUGAUCGUCCACCGAACAGGACGCUGGGACGGAGUCGCUCGCAACUCGGUGCAACUCGGAUAUCUUGGAUGGAUUUUCUUUCACGCUGACUACUCCUCGUUUCGUGAUCCUCCAUCUUUGAAUCGACCCUUUCGCAGGACUUUCCUGCCGUGCACGGUGUGCAGGGUGUAGUGAGCAGUGUGUGCUUGUGUUUGUUUAGGUGUGUCAUUUAACCCUUACUCUGUGCUAUUACUGGUGCAAACAUCAUCCUUGUCGGGAGCGUGCUACUAGGAGGUACUGCUCAAGAGGAGUCUUAAGAGGAGGCAUCUGUGCCGCCUGGGGAUAAUUGUAGACGCGCAGUGCGAACAGUGGAUCUUUGUGUGCGAAGUGAAAAGAAGAAGAACAGCAACAAUAAAUUUGCAAGCAUGAAGCUUCCGGUUUUGCUGUUCGGCCUCGGGCUGAUAACAGGUGUGCUGUCGCAAGGAUUCGGACAGCAGCCUCCACCAUUCCGACCGGUUCCGCCAAAGGCGCAACGCCGCCAGCUUACGCAACAGCAGCAGACGCACAUUCUGAGCGACAUCCAGAAGCAUCAGCAUCGUUUCAAUCUGCACCAGAACCAGCGGGCACCGAACGUGUUCAUACAGCCGUCGAUCCAAAUACCGGUGCCCGGCCAACCGCACGGAAGGCAACCGUUCAGUGGCCCCGGCACACAGCAACACUUUCAGCCGAACGCACACUUCCACCAUCACUCGAACAACUUACAUCCACCACCACCAUCAUCGCCCAAUGCACCGACCAACAGCUUCCGCACACCGUCCAACCGACCAGGGCCGAACUUUGGAGCACAACAGGACACACGACUCCCGCCUCAGCAGCGUUCCGUACAGAACCAACUGCAGCAGGCCCAAUUCUUCAACGGACCACCACCACCACCACCACCACCACCACAACAACAACUACAACACACUAACGGCGUACAGCCACUGAACGGUCAACCGUCCUUCCUGAACAGUAUCGACACGCCGACCUUCGGUGCACCGCAACAACGGCCCAACACCCUGCAAGCUCCAUUCCUGCAGAACGCUGCUCCUUCCUUCCCCGGCCAGGGGCAGGUGCGCUUCCCGAACCAGCCGACCCCAUCAUCCAACGUCCCGCAGCAGCCCGUGCCGUUGUUCCCCAAUCUGCAGCUACCGCUGCCAAACUCUGCCCAGAACUUCAAGAACAGCGCUGGACAGCCGGCGUUCUCCGCUCAACCGACAUUCCACAGCCAGUCGGUCAACCCAGCGCUACAGUUUCCACCACUCUCCCAGUCCGUUGGGUCCAACUUCCAGCAGCCAUCGCCCCAGUUCCAGCAGCAGCAGCAGCAACAACAGCUUCCCAGACUCCAGCCAAACGUACCGUUCGUUCAGCCGACCAGCAACUUCAACACCCAACCGGGAGUCGGAUUCCCACAGGCGCAACCCCAAAUUCAAACGUUCAAUGGACCACAGCAACAGCAGCCCGGUCAGGGCCAGUUUGGCGUUGGCCAAGCGACAAACUUCAACGGACUGCAGCCACAGCAGCCGCCCAACUACCAGCAGCAGCAGGAGUACGAACGUCGCCUCAAGGACGAAAGUGAGCGCAUCCGCGAGCUGCAGGAAAAGCAAAAGGUGAUCCAGAAGCACGAACAGUUCCUGCAGAAGCAGUACCAGAAGCAGCAGGUGAAGGUGCAGCAGUUGCACCAAGAAUUCCUCAAGAAGCAGCAAAAGAUCCUCCAGCAGCAGCAACAGCAGUACGAUCAGGCACAGAAGACCGUCGUUCCGUCGCAGGUUCGAUCGCGGGAAGUGCUGCCGUCGGAGCGGACACUCUUCGAGAAGUCCGUCAAGAUGCAGUCGAAACCGGUGGCCGAUCCUACCACCGCCGCUAGCCCUGCUGCUGCCGGUGGGCCCCAGCUGUCAGUGAUUCCGCUCAAGCCGAACAGCAAGAAGGACUAUAGCAGCAUUACGCAGUCCGAUCUGGAUGUGCUGCUAAGCUCGAACAGGCAGAACUUGUUCCAGACGAUCAAGACGGAAACGGCCAAACCAGCCAAGCCGAAACCGACCAAGGUCAAGUCGACGAAGGCCCUCGGGCGGGACGAUUUGUUGAAGCAGCUGAAGCUUGCGCUGGCCGAAACGUCGCCCGAUCUGGGGGGUAAGAACUACAGCUCGACGGACCUGAUCCUGCCGAACGGUGAGAAGGUGCAGGUCAUCCGUACGACCGAUCCGGAGAUUAUUAAGCGUGCCAACGCCAACUCGGAGGGUGUUCUAACGCAACAGCUCGAUUCACCCACCACACCGAAACCGCUCUCGUUCGAAGACAUUGCACGAAGCGGUUUGCUGCCUCCAGGGGCCGACUUUGAGCUGAUCAAGCAAACGGAAGAUGGACAGAUCCAGGAGGUGGGUAAGAUUCCGCCGCAGAAGAAGGUGACGUUCGUGUAUCUCGAGGAGCAGGACGAUGGCUCGUACAAGGUGCAGGGCGUGAAGGGAAGCGGCGACAAGGAAACGAAGACAUCCGGCGCCGACGUGGACAGCAUCCUGAAGCGCAUCAAGAACGGGGAAAUCCAGCUGCCUCCCCCGUCGUCGGCCAAGGGUUCCUCCAAGCCGGACCUCGUUCUGGACACGCCCGUCACAACCACAACCCCGCGCCAUCAACCGAUCAAGAAAACGAACUCAGUGACGAUCAUUCCGCACAGCACACCGAUCGAGGAGCACGCCUCGACCGCUUUCCUAUCCGGCAGCACCGUACAGCAUACGGCCGCACCAGCCACGAUCUAUGCCUCCACACCAUCGCCGGCCAGUCCGAGCAGUGUGACCGCCUACUCACCGGGAGCUUACUCUGGCAGCACACUGCCCCAGCUCGUUUCGGCCCGCCUCUCUACGCCGGCUCCGGUUUCUGGCAACUUCCAGGCCGACAGUACGGCCCGGUUCUCGGAAGCGAACUCCGUGUACACCCCGGCCGCUACAACGGCAAUCCCACCGGCGACGCCCCCUUCCAACAUCUACCAGAGCACCAACACGGAGAAGUACUUCUCCGAUGCGACGGCCGCCGCCAUCGAGCAGCAGCAGCAGCAGCAGACGGCCAGCACCUAUCAGCAUCAAACGAUUCAUACCUCGCAUCAGCCCACUGCCAACGACGUCGUCCCGACGGCUUCCGCUUCCGAACCCGUAACACAGCAGCAGCAGCAGCAGGACAACGGCAAGGCGCUGAAGGAGGACUCUCCACAGCAGCAGAAUGAACUGCCAGCCAUUCUCAAGAAUAACGGACUAUUUGCCAUGGCCAAAUACCUCCGUCAGUCUGGUCUCGACACGAUUCUGAACGAAACGGGCCCGUACACGAUCUUUGUGCCGACGGACAAGGCGUUCCGCAGUCUGCUCGUGCAGCUCGGUGGACCCGAAAAGGCGGAAGAAAAGUUCCGCAACAAUCCCCGGUUGCUGAGUGGGCUUCUCUUGCACCAUGUCAUUCCUGGAUCGUUCGAAAUUGCGUCCCUGCAGGACGAAAUGACUGGAGUGUCGCUGGCAGGAACUCAGCUGCGUGUGAACCAGUACAACAUGCACGACUCGGAAUGGAACGACGUUAAGGUCACAACCAUCAACGGCGCUAUGGUCGUUCCGGACAAGCAGGACAUCGUGAUUCCGCAGGGCAUUGCGCACGCCGUCGAUCGCGUCAUGUUCCCGUUGCCGGUGGGUGAUAUUCUUCAAACGCUUCAAUCGGACCGUGAGCGCCGCUUCACACACUUCCUGCGAGCACUGUUUGCAUCGGGCAUGUCGGAUACUCUCCAGAACAAAGGUAUCAAAACUUACACAGUAUUCGCACCGACCGAUGCCGCAUUCGCUCACCUCACGUCCGAGGAGCUCACCAACCUAGUCACGGAGAAGGACCAGGCGGAAGAACUCGUACGCAAGCAUGUUGUGCCGGGCACGCUCUUCACUGCCGGCAUGCGCUUCUACCAGGUGAAGGACGUCAUGGCGGAGGGUAAAACGGUCACGCUGCAGAAAACGGGCGGGAAAAUCAAGGUUAACGACGGUUAUCUGCAGACGUCCAACAUCCCCACGACGAACGGCGUCAUACAUGCGAUCGAUUCGCUGCUGUAAGAAGCCGAGACCAGAAAACUCCGAAACCUUCUUCGGUGGUGGUGCUCCGUCGGCAUCACCCAUCGGAUGCGUUGUUAAUUUAUUGCAAAAUGCGAACCAUCCCCAUGAGAGUACGUCAUCAAUUUCAAAAUCAAAAUUAUGUUCAACUUCUACCACGUGUUACGAGCAGGUGCGAAAACGACAGUUUCGGAAGAUGCGAGCGAAACCGAGAAGCAAGGCAAACUGCCUCGCGACACCAAAUUAUGGCCAACGAACGAAGCAACCCAUCAUCAUCAUCCUUCUCCUCCGCCUCCUCCUCUGUUUGGUACGCGCGAGCUCGGAACAGUUUUGAUAAUCGUUAAGUUUAAAUGAUAAUUUAUUCGUUAAGUUUAGUAGGCGCGCGCGCACUGUUUUGUACGCGGAUUUCCCGCUCCGGCCCACACAUCCCUGGGCGAUCGAUUGUAAAUACUAUGAUGAACAGUGUAAUAAAACAGAGCGUUGGCUUUAGUACCCGAAA